UGCAAGGAAGAACUCCACAACAGGAAACGGGUUCUAAGUAUAUUUGUACCCAGUACCAUUGAGAGUAUCUUCACAACUGUGGCUUUACACAACCUGAGUCACACGACCAACACUGACAACACAACAACACUGAAUGUUACAGAUCAGGACUGAACAUCAAACGAGGGAUACAAGAGCUGGCAGUCUUAUUUCCCAUGUCUUUGGGGAAGACAAAGGCAGGUGUUGCAGACCUGCAGGCUAUUCAGCAGGGUGGUGGGACCUUCAUCCAGUGAAGUUUAAGAGCUAUCUAGACAAAGCCAUCUCACAUGACUGGGAAGAGUGUUUCUCCCAGCUGGACUGGUGGCCAAUGGGGGAUGUCUGUGAAAACCUAUCACUACAGGCCAUGCAAAGUGCUACUGCCCUUGUGCACACAUCCAGAUGUGUGAUUUGGAACUGAGAAGCUUCUAGAACAAAAUCUGGUAGCUUUGUAAAGUGAAGGACAUCCCCACAACAAAUGUCAAAGACUUCUGCAUGGAAUAUAUUACAAAGAAGCCAGUAAGAAACAGAAACUUUAUUAUUCCUGAAAUAAAUCCAACAUGUUAAAUCAGGAAACUUAUGCAACUAAUUAUAUCCUACCAGUACAAACAGUAUCAAAGAGCAGUGUUUUUUUUUUCUGAACAUCUCAUGCCAUCUCAUUUUCAGAAUGUCAAUUAAGAACAAAAAUAAUACAAAGUCCUUAUGAUAACUGAAGAUGAAACCCAGAGUUAAAUUUGCAACAAAUCUGGAAUUCCCCUUUGAUCAUUCUAAGGCAAUGGCUGCACAUUUUAUUACACUAUACAAGCCAUAAUAAAAUGCAACAGCAAUAACAGAAAGAAAUCCUGAAACAUCCUAAGACAAUGCUUUUGAAAAGUUACAAUAUCAAGGCCUUUUAAUGUAAGCACAUGUGUUAAGGGUGCACAUGGCUCCAUGUGUAGGUGAUGUGGUGUGGCAUAAAUAUUUUUCUAGCAGGAGUUUAAGUUACUGACUCAUUACACACAAAUGGCAUGAAUGUUCUUUUCUGAUUUUUUAAGUGUUCAUAUUUUUGGUACCCCUGAAUGAUUAAGAACAGAAAACUGUGGUAUCUGAAAAGAAGGUUUUCAAAAACUUUCAGGAAAUAUCUUAAAUUUUAAUCCAACUUUCCACGCAACGAACUGCUGAGGCACACAAAAAAGGAGUCAAGAAACAUGUCAUUUAUGGCUCUGCUCCCCAGCACAACUUUACUGAAAGCAAAGGCCUUGGCUCAAGAGUAACUUCCUCCCCUAGUUGAAGAAGUUUGUAGAAUAGCUGUCUUCUAGAAUCUGGCAGGUUUGUAUUUACAAAUUAACCAAUUGACUUCUGAAUGUAGGUCACAACACUCAUUCCUUAGGUGGCUGGCCUAUUUUUAUCUUAUUUGAAAGGGCAAGAAUAAAAAAGAAGAGCUAACUUGGCAUACUUCUCAGCUCUAAAGUCUUUUUCCCUAUGGGAGUGAAAAUAUCACUGCAGGAAUGAUUUCUUAUUUGUAACAAAUAUUCAAUUGCCUAGUUCUUAUUUAAGAAACAAACACACAUAUCUAAACUGCUAGAUCAAAGCCUUUAAACCAAAAAAUCUGUAACCACCCUUGUGUUACUUCAACCUGCAUAUCAGAGUGAGGUUUCAGGACACCAAUGAUCUACUCAAAAGGUCUCACCCCAGAUAGCCCAUUCCUGUACCAGAAAUAGUACAGAGCUAUAACGGGCUCCACUGCAGUCAAGAAUAGCUUAGCAGUGGUAGAAGCAGACAUCUCCUCCACGUACUUUGUAAUGUCUUUGCAACUCUAAGCUACUUGUCUCAAGAUUUAUUUUUUCAAAUAGCUGUGGCUUUUUUAUUAUGUUUUGGUUUUAAUUCUGUAAGAAAGCCUGUUUUCCAAGAUGCAACUAUAUUUGAUCAGGUGGCUGGAAAAAAAUCCUCCUGGAACGCCAUAAAUAUUAUCCUAUUAUCUGACUGUGAUUAAAUCAGAAUUAUACAAAUACAUUAAAAUAAUUUGUAGACUGGCAGUAAGGAUGGCUGUCAAACUGAAAUCCAAUGGAAGUUUAAAUGCACUCUAAACACUUUAUCAGGGACAGAUACUUUAAGGUAGUAUUAUUACUGGGUGUCUUAUACUACAGUAAUGUUUCAAGCUCUUUCACACAGAUCUGUUCAGAUAAAAGAUGUGAUGUUGGCAUUACAUUUGCCAAAAUUGCCAUUUGCAAUUAAAAAUUAAAACUGGCACCCUUUCUAUGCAGGCAAUUAUCUAAACGCAGCUGGCAAUCUUCCUUGUUUACAGCGCUGCUGUGUCAUGACUCCACUCCAUUUGGAAAUUUACCACCUUUUUUUUUUUUUUUUUAAAGGUUUGAACUUUUCAGCUGUAUUUCCAACUUGAACUUUUCUGAUUUUAGAGAUUUCUAUCAUGAACUCAGACAAAAAGGUCCAAAAUUAUAAUUUGCAGAUUUCGUAUGGCAACUUCAGGCAUAGCAAUAAAAUGAUUCCUAGCACAUAUUUUAGUGUUUCUUGCAACACUACUUUACAUCCAGCUAGGCCACAGGAAAACACCUGUAAGAACCCAGACAGCAAAAUGUACCAAAUAAAUGCCCUCCAAGAAGAAAAUUUUAGGUGUAAGAGUUGAUUUUCAGAGUAAAACAGAAAUAAUGUGAAAAUCCUCUAAGCGGACAAAAAUCCUUUUACUGAAUAAUAUAUGACACUAACCACAUUUCUACUACUUGCUAUCUAUAGUAAUUGUCAUCCACUAAAUGAAUCUAUCCACAAAGUAUCUUAUUCAUCGGAUUACCAUGUUUCUGGAACCUUUUUACUUACAACAGCUGCUAUUAAAGUAACAUUUGAGGGUUCCCUUCACUGCUGGGAGAGGAGCAUUCUUUAUGCUGUCAAACAGCUUUCAGGGAGCAGUUGUUUUUUUAGCCAAGAUGCUGCAGCCGCUAGCUUGAUUUCCAUGACUAUCAUGGAACAAAUACUGUUACUUACAGCAUAUCAGUUAAAUAUUCUUACUCGUUUAUGAUGUAAGAGUCAGACAUAACAAUACUUUGUAUUAUAUCCCCAAUACAGUAAUGCUUAACUUCCUCUGUAAUUGAUCACGUUUUCUCCCAUAAAUACGAUCCACUGUCACGACUCCUUGUCAGGCUGUGUUGCAUGCAUGCUUUGCAUCCAAAAGAACUUUAAGUAAGACCUUUCCCCCGAAUACUACCGAAACCCAUAAAAACAGGAUUGCUGAUGAACUAAGGAACAUGGCUGACCCCAAGGAUACUGCAAGCAGUGACUGCAGCCACGGGUCCCCUCGCACAGGUGUCCUGGGCAAACCUCUUGAAGUUAACACAAGUUUGGCAGCGUGGUGACAGUACCGCUCUCCACUGAGCGAUGAGACGGAACAUGUAUUUCCGUCACGGGCUUUUUCAGAAUGAGGGCGACAGGAACCGUCACUUGCAAAGAUCAAAAGCUCAGCAGCGGCAGGCACAGGCUGAGAAGCCGCCAGAGCGGCGGCCGCUCGCUGCACCCUGCCUCGGGCGGUCCCCGGCCCUGCCAGCGGCAGGUGGCCGCACCUGGGGCGCAGCAUCGCGCGUGGGAAGGCGCUGUCACCCGCACUCCCUGCGAGGCGGGGACCAGGCGCGCCCGGAAAACACGCUGGAGGCAGAACCGAGCGCUGCGGCUCCGCGGCGGUAACUUUUCAAACCGGGCAGCGCUCGGUGUCCGCUCGGCAGGACAGGCACCGCGGGUAUCGCUGGCGUACCCACCGCGCCCCGCCGUCGAGGGGAGGACCCGGCAGCCGCCGGCACCCCUCGCUCCGUCUAACCUCGAGGCCGGCGUGCGGCAUCAGCGGGAGCGCCGCGCUGUCUUCCCCCGCACAAGCCGGCUGCCUUGGGCGCCCGGGAGACCUGCGACCAUGUGCUCCCCGCCGUGCUCCCCUCCGGUUCUCUCUGCCGGGUGCACCGAGCUUUCCCCCAUCACCUCCCACCUCGGGCUGCGCGGGAUUUCCCGCCGCCCGCGGAGAGCCGGCCGCAGGUGGCAGCGGCUCCCGCGCCUCCGCUGACUCCUCCCGGGCACUUUGGGCGCGACUCGGGGGCUCUCGUCCUGCCCGAGUCCCGGCACGGAGUGAUGCCCGGGGACCGGAGGGGCAGGCGGGGAGGUACGCGCCGCGCCGUGUGGCGCGGCUUUGCUCAGGACAGGUGCGGGCUGCAGCCCUGGAACGGACGGGAGGGGUCGGGGCAGGACAGAACAGGACGGGACGGGACGGGAGGAGAGGG